UGCGCUGGGAAGCACGGGGAGGUAGCUGCCAGCCCUGCUCCCGGCACCCCGCUUGCCCAGCGCCGACCGCGUGCAACCAGACGCGCCUCCCCAUCCUUCCUCGCAGCGCAACCCGCAGGGCUGCACGCCCCCUCCGGAGCGAGCGCCACCCUUGGCCAAGGCUUCCCCACCGUCCCCACCGUGGGACCGCGGGACAUGGCUGCCCGCAGAGUGGCGAUCAUCGGGGCCGGCGCCUCCGGCCUGUGCGCUGUGAAAUGCUGCCUGGACGAGGGGCUGGACCCCACCUGCUUCGAGAGGAGCGGGGACAUCGGCGGGCUCUGGCGAUUCAAGGAGCAACCCGAGGAGGGCCGCGCCAGCAUCUACAAGUCUGUCAUCAUCAACACCUCCAAGGAGAUGAUGUGCUUCAGCGACUUCCCCAUCCCUGAUGACUUCCCCAACUACAUGCACAACUCCAAGAUCAUGGAGUACUUCCGCAUGUACGCGCAGCACUUCGACCUGCUCCGACACAUCCGCUUCAAGACCACCGUGUGCCACGUGGCAAAGCGCCCCGACUUCGCCGUCACCGGCCAGUGGGACGUGGUCACCGAAAGUGGUGGGGAACAGGAGUCUGCCAUCUUCGACGCCGUGCUGGUGUGCAGCGGGCACCACACUGACGCACACCUCCCGCUGCACACCUUCCCAGGGCUGGAAAGGUUCGAGGGCUGCUACCUGCACAGUCGGGAGUACAAGACCCCCCAGGCCUUCUCGGAGAAGCGAGUUGUCGUGAUCGGUACUGGGAACUCGGGCACUGACAUUGCUGUGGAGCUGGGCCCCACGGCGAAGCAGGUCUUCCUUAGCACCAGGCGUGGGACCUGGGUGGUGCACCGCCUCGCAGAAAGUGGCUACCCCUUUGACUUCUCCUACCUCACCCGCCUCACCCAGCUUCUCCACAGCAUGCUUCCCCUCUCCAUCAGCUGCUUCAUCCUGGAGAGGAAGCUGAAUGUCCGGUUUGAUCACGCGCUCUACGGCCUGCAGCCUCAGCACAGGAUCCUCCACCAACACCCAACCGUCAACGAUGACCUGCCCAACCGCAUCAUUUCAGGCAGGGUGAAAGUCAAGCCAAACGUCCGGGAAUUCACAGCAACUGCUGCCAUCUUCGAGGAUGGCACCAAGGAAGACAUCGAUGCCGUGAUCUUUGCCACGGGAUACAGUUUCUCCUUCCCCUUCCUCAAGGAUUGCGUGACAGUGGUGGAGAACCAGAUCUCCCUGUACAAAUACAUGUUCCCUGUCCACCUGGAGAAGCCAACACUGGCUUUCAUCGGCCUCAUCCAGCCCCUGGGUGCCAUCAUGCCCAUCUCUGAGCUCCAGUGCCGAUGGGCAACCCGCAUCUUCAAGGGGCUCAACAAACUGCCUCCCAGGCACGACAUGGAGGCUGACAUCAAGCAGAAGAAAGAAGAGAUGGCCAAGCGGUACGUGCAGAGCCAGCGGCACACCAUCCAGGUGGAUUACAUCCCCUACAUGGACGAGCUCGCCUGCCAGCUGGGCGUCAAGCCCAACCUGCUCACACUCUUCCUCACUGACCCCUGGCUGGCCAUGGAGGUGCUGUUUGGCCCCUGCAGCCCGUACCAGUACCGCCUGCAGGGCCCGGGGCGGUGGGAUGGCGCCCGGCAGGCCAUCCUCACCCAGCGGGAGCGCGUCGUCGAGGCCCUGCGCGUGCGGGACGGGGACAGGGACAGGCGCAGGGGCAGGCACGCUCCUCCCCACGCCACCUCCAUGCCCCACAUCUUCAAGGUCUUCCUCAGCGUAGGCCUCAUCGCGGCCACCCUCGUCUACGUCUGGCUUUCUCCUUGAUGCUCCCACCGUGGGAGACGGGGCCCUGCUGACACUUGUCCUCCUGCGGUGGGGCUUCGGCCCUCCAGAGGACGUGGGCUCCUCGCAGGAGCCACCCCACCUCUGCU